AUGGAAGACGAGAUUGGGGCACUACGGGCCAAUCAGACGUGGGAUCUUGAACUGCUUCCUCCUUGUAAGCGUGUUGUUGGUUGUCGUUGGGUCUUCACGGUUAAACUUAACCCUGAUGGUUCUCUACAUUGUUUGAAAGCUCGUUUGGUAGUUAAAGACUUCUAUCAAGCUUAUGGUAUUGAUUAUGACGAGACUUUCUCCCAGUUACCAAAAUGCCCCCUGUGCAUAUUUGUAUUGCUCUUGCUGCCAUUCACCAUUGGCCGCUCCACCAACUUGAUGUCAGGAACGCCUUUCUUAAUGGUGUUCUUAAGGAGGAGAUUUAUAUGGAGUAGCCACCUGGGUUUGUUGUUGAGGAGGAGGCCUCAAAGGUAUGCAGAUUACUUCUUUAGACACCAUUAG